AACGGCGUUGAAGAUUGAUAUUCAGUUACAGAAAAGAGGAUAAGUCCACAAUAACAGAAACUUACAUAAAGUAAAGUAUCUCGCACAAGUUAUAUACUUGAAAUAAGUGAUGCGUAAAAACUCGUCAGUGAAUGGCCUAUACCACAAAAGCAAAUAUAAAGCCCCCGGGAUAAAGCCGAUUUAAAUUUACGCCUCAACAAAUAUUGGCCUAGUAUUUAAACUUUACUUUCGGCUUCAAAUCUCAGUUUCAAAUUGAUCGCUGGUUGAGGGACUGAUCGUGAGCAUAUUGGUGUAUAACCCGGUGUUGUUUAAUUUUACCGGAAUCAAAAAUAUUCAAGUAUGGCACGUGGCAAUGGAGGUGCUGAGGGGUGUGCGAUAUGCGGUGCUGUAAUGAUAUGUUGCGGCCUUGUCAUUGUCGUGCUAUUGGGACUUGGAUUGGGCAUUGCGAAGAUAGUCAUGGGUGCCGUCCACUUGCAUGACUGCCCACUGGAGCACAUGAUACCUAUUUGGCUGAUCGUGAGUGGUGUGGCCCCAGUCUUUUUUGGUUGCUCUGGAAGGCGCAACAAUGAUGAUUCGGGUGAGAAAAGCGGAGGUGGCUGCGCAAUGAUCCUCGGUAUCAUCGGGCUACUGUUCAACAUGGCUUGGCUUAUUUGUGGAUCUGUCUGGAUUUAUCCGAACUUUGGUAAGAUGAAGGCGGAUGAUUUCAUUCCAUGCACCGAGAACAUAACUACCGGAUGCACGAAAGAUUGUCAUCAACCCCUGUUGAACUUCUCGGUCGCCAUGGUUACGAUUGACUGGAUGUUUUUUGUCGCCUGGUCUGUUUUAAUCGGUUGUACGAUACGCGCUGCAUGUGCCUCACGCAACCAAAAAGAAAGCAUCCUUCAUUCCUAGAUUGACAUAUAGUUUUGGUUUGUGUUAGUAUCUACAUAUAAUACUAGUUUAGUUAUGAAGUGUAUUUAACCAGGCCUAGAUGCUUAGAAUAAAUAACAAUUACUGUAUUAAAUAUACCUUGAUAUUCGAUUUAUCUCAUCAUGUUUUAUUUAUUUAUUUUUAUUUUAAGCAUACAUAAAUGAAUAUGGUUGAAAAUCAAUCAAUUAGUGCGUCAUUAUUUAUUUAUAUUAUAAUGGUAAUAAUGUUCGAAAAUUGGUAACAACGUUAUUGGAAAAAACGUGAUCAUUAUUCGAUUAUUGGCAAUGCUAUUAUGUUCAAUAGUUUUUGCUAGUUUGCUAUGCUUGCAGUCUUUUUCUUCUUUAUAAUUAUAUUGUCU